AUGGUCAGCACCCGCUCCUCGGCGGGUAGGCUGGGCGGCGAGGCCUCCCCGCUCCUGGUGGAGGAGGCUGGCGUCUCGGCCAAGGCGCACGGCAGCAUCUUCGGGGCCACCCCCAGGCGCGCGCUCGCGGCGAUCGCGGCGGGCGCCGUCUUCGUCUUCGCGUGCGUGGCGUUCGUCGCCCGCGGAGGACAGUUCGGCGUCGAUGACCUGCUCAAACGCCGCUUCAGCAAGACCGGGCUGGUGACCGAUCUCAACCUCGCCAACCUGCCCGACGUGGACUUCACCGGCAAGACGCUGCUGAUCGUGCUGGGCAUGUCUUUUUCGGGGACAUCCGCGCUGGAGGGCCUGUUGGGCACCUCGGGCGUCAUCACCGACUUAUGUAAAUCUAACACUUGGCAGUGCGAAAACACGGUGCUGCUCGAGGACAUGGGGUUCAUCAACGAGAACGUUCACUGCGACCCCGAAGACGUCACCGCGGCGGAGUUUGCGUACGCAUACAAGGAUUUCGCCCACAAGUGGUGGGACAUGUCCAAGCCUGUGCUCAUGGACAAGACCCCGCAGAACCUUUGCCGCCCGACGAAGAUCCGGGACGCCGCCGCAAAACUCGGCGUUAACGUCAAGUUUGUGGUGCUGACCAGGCACCCUUUCUCCUGGACAAGCGAGAAGCACCCCUUCAACCAGGGGUACUACAUGGAGCAGAUGGUCAUGGCGAGGAACCUCCUGGCGGAUCCGUCGAUGAGCACUCUCCAGGUGCGUUACGAAGACAUGGCGUGGAACAUGGACGCCGUCAUCCAAUCCGUUAAGGCGUUCGUGCCUGAGGUGUCGAACAUCGACCCGUGGCGGUCGAGCCUGAGCGACGACAGCGGAGCGGAGCGAGGGUUGCCGGUGGGCAAGUACUUCCAGCAAAAGCCGCUCGAGUGGAUCGGAAAGCCGCUCACGCCCGACACGUUCAGACUCCUGUGCCAGCUCAACUACAACUCCGACGGGGAGUGCUCCUACUUCAACUAGAUUAGACGCUGAAAUUUCACCUUUUGCCUUAUC